AUGAGUGGGGUUGAUCUCAAUGCAAAAAACGUCAUCUCACAAACGGCUGAAACGGGAAAGGUGGUAUUCUAUAGCACCCCAAACAUAGAUGUGAUUGGUAUAAAGCUAUCCAAACAACAACUUGCAACACCUAAAGAUAUCAGCUUGUUGAAUACUGAAGGAGGUGUUAUUAUCCCUGGUGGUGUUACCAACGAUAUCCGGCAAGUCACAGUGGUGAAGUACAGCUCAAUUAAGGAUAUAUUAUCAAACAAAGAGCUGAAGGAAUCUGUUGAUAAUACUAUAAAAUUAGCUUUGGUUGUGAUCAGGAGUACGAUUGUGUCAUUAACGACUGAACCACCGCUUAAUGCGACAGUGGCUGAGCCUCUGAAGAUUGUAAUACAAAAUAACCAGACCGGUUACGUGAACCCAAAACGGAUAUGCGCUUUUACUGAGCCCAACAAUCGCCGCAGUAACUGGAGCAGUAGUGGAUGCACUUUGAACGAGGCAGAAUCCGGUGAAGAAAACGUGACAUGUGAUUGUGAUCAUAACACUGCUUUUGCGAUCAUGAUGGAUGUUGCUGAUGUCGAGGUGACAGAAUCAGAGCGUAAAAUAUUGGAGACGAUUUCUACAGUUGGGUGUUCAAUAUCCCUUCUUGGCGUCACGCUAACGAUCCUCAUGCAAGGUUUUUAUUGGAAAAAAGUGAAAUCACAACGUGCCAAAAUUUUAAUCAGCAUGUGUGUUGCGAUUGGAUUCACUGAUGUCUUCGCUAUUCUUGAGGGUGUUGCUAGAGAUAAUUUGAGUUUCUGCAAAGCAGUAGCAGCUUUAUUGCAUUUUUUCGUAUUGUCAGCAUUUGGAUGGAUGUUGUGCGAGGGUAUAUUACUCUACGUCUUGGUAAUAAGUGUAUUUGACAAAGGCCGCAGCCGAAAUUGGAAAAUAUUCAACUUCAUUGGCUGGGGUAUACCUUUAUUGAUUGUUGCUGUGUCACUUGGAGCAACUCAAGGUGAUGGAUACGGAACCGAAACUUCAUGUUGGCUUAGCGUUGAGAACAAAGUGAUCUGGGCCUUCGUAGGACCCGCAUUCAUUGUUAUACUGAUCAACACAAUCGUAUUUGUCAUGGUCAUGCGUAAAAUGAUGAGAACACGAAAACUAAAAACUAAAAGUAAUAUUGAGAAAGUGAAAGCUGGCGUUAAAGCUUCUGCGGUAAUCUUUCCCGUUCUCGGGCUGACCUGGAUAUUUGGUUUGUUGACAUUUAACAGAGAGACCCUGUUUUUCCGCUAUCUUUUUGCCGUGUUUAAUUCCGCUCAAGGAUUACUGAUUUUCUUAUUUCAUUGUGUCUUUAAUAACCAGAUGCGAGACAUUGUGCGCACAAGCACAAAGAAAAGCACGCUUUCAUCCCGAUCGAUAUCCCGAUCCCGAAAUAAUAAAGCCACCAGAUCUACCGAUAAUCCAACAGUUGUUUCAGCAUUUACGUUCUCAUCUAGGUCCACCCGUAUUACUUUUCUUAGUGGUUCACCUGUUUUGCCGGUUGGUAACCCAGAGGCGCAGCUGGGAGUAGAAGAACGUUUUGGUAACCCAGAGUUCAAGCUGGGUGAAGCAAUUCCUUUUGGUGAACCGGAGGACAUACCGGUCAACUGUUCGUCAGCAUUGUCGGGAUCACUUGACUCGUUAAACGAGCUUUUAACACUCUCUACUAAUUUAGGAAGUAGAGUCCGUAAGAGCGGUGAUAAACUCAGUGCUUUGCAGCACUGA